AUGGCGGUCAUGAAGCUUCCCCCCGCCCACUGGUCCUACGAUGUUUUUGUCAGUUUUAGCCGUAAGGAUACCCACCAGAGCUUCAUGAAUAAUCUAGAUUAUGUUUUGCGGCGCCGGGGAAUCAUGACGUUCAUGGAUGACGGUGAAUUCAAGAGUGGCCACUCAAUUUCACACUCUGAUUCUAAAGAAGCAUUGGAAGAAUCAAGGAUUUCAAUUGUUGUUCUCUCCCCAGACUAUGCAUAUUCCACGUGGUGUCUUAAUAAACUCGUCGAGAUCCUUGAUUGUAGGAAAAGGAAGAAUCAAUUGGUUUGGCCAAUAUUUUAUAAUGUGGAACCCACGGAUGUCAGGCAUCAGAAAAAUAGUUACCGCAAAGCAAUGGCUGCACAUAAAAAUAGGUUCAGAGAGGACUUUGAGAAGGUGCAGAAAUGGAGGUCAGCUUUGUCUGAAGUCGCCAACUUAGAAGGGUGGCAGGAAGGAAUUAAAAUCAUCGAAAGGAUUGUGGAAUUUGCUGUCGAAUUCUUGUUUAUCGAUGUUUUUCUCAGUUUUAGUGGGGAAGAUACCCGCUACUCAUUUACAGGCUUUCUCUAUUAUGCCUUGCGCCAGGAGGAAUUUAAAACCUUCAUGGAUGAUGAGGGAUUGAAGGGUGGGGAUGAAAUUUCAGAAACUCUUAUCAAAACAAUUAAACAAUCAAGGCUCUCAAUUAUUAUUUUCUCCGAAAACUAUGCAUAUUCCUCUUGGUGUCUUGAUGAACUUGUCAAGAUCAUUGAGUGUAAGAACUUGAACAAACAACUGGUUUUACCGAUAUUUUACAAAGUUGAAAAGUCUGAUGUAUGCAAUCAAGAAAAAAGUUACGGCGACGCCAUGGCGGAGCAUGGCAAUAUAUAUGGAAAUGACUCUGAGAAGGUGCAGAAAUGGAGGUCAGCUUUGUCUGAUGUCGCCAACCUGGAAGGAGGAGAACAUAUCAAAGAGAAUGAGUCCGAAUAUGAAUUUAUCAAGAAGAUUGUGGGAAUAGUCAGAGCUCGACUGUCAACAGGUAAAGACUCCAGUACAUAAAAGUGCCGUCAAAGACUCAAAGCUAGAACCGAUCACACCAGCUUAGAAAUGG